CUAUUCUAAUUUCCCAGCAUCACUUGUCAAUUUCUUCUUAUCUUCCUCGAUUCAUUUUCACCAAAUCCUGUCGAAUUUUUCCUUGCUAUAUCGAUCUCCGUUACCGGAUCAGCGAGCGGGAGUCGGGGCCUUUGCCGGCCGCGAGCGAUGCCGUCGUACGCGGAUUUGGACCGCCAGAUCGAGCACCUGAGAGAAUGCAAGUUUCUACCGGAGGCGGAGGUGAAGGCCCUGUGCGAGCAGGCGAGGACGAUCCUCGUCGAGGAGUGGAACGUACAGCCGGUGAAGUGCCCGGUGACGGUGUGCGGGGACAUUCACGGGCAGUUCCACGAUCUGAUCGAGCUGUUUCGUAUUGGCGGCGAGGCACCCGAUACUAAUUACCUCUUCAUGGGGGAUUACGUAGAUCGUGGUUAUUAUUCUGUUGAGACAGUGACACUCUUAGUUGCCUUGAAAGUUCGCUACAGAGAUAGGAUUACAAUUCUCAGAGGAAAUCAUGAGAGUCGGCAAAUAACUCAAGUGUAUGGGUUUUAUGAUGAAUGCUUAAGGAAGUAUGGAAAUGCAAAUGUGUGGAAGCACUUUACUGACUUAUUUGAUUAUUUGCCUCUGACAGCUCUUAUUGAGAACCAGAUAUUCUGUCUACAUGGUGGUCUCUCCCCAUCGUUGGACGCAUUAGAUAAUAUCCGUGAUCUUGAUCGUAUUCAAGAGGUUCCACAUGAAGGUCCCAUGUGUGAUCUUCUGUGGUCUGAUCCGGAUGAUCGAUGUGGAUGGGGAAUAUCACCAAGAGGAGCUGGAUACACAUUCGGCCAAGACAUUGCUCAACAAUUUAAUCAUAGAAAUGGCCUCACCUUGGUGGCUCGGGCCCAUCAACUUGUCAUGGACGGUUAUAAUUGGUGUCAGGAAAAGAAUGUAGUUACAGUAUUUAGUGCCCCAAACUACUGUUAUCGGUGCGGUAAUAUGGCAGCAAUAAUGGAGGUGGGAGAGAACAUGGAGCAGAACUUCCUUCAGUUUGAUCCUGCACCUAGACAAUUCGAGCCAGAAACCACCCGGAAAACUCCUGAUUAUUUCUUGUAGUGUCAAUACGCCUCUCUUUGCCACAAGCUUGCUCGUUAGAUCUGUCAUAGAAAAGAGUUCUGGUUGCUGCAGAGAUGGUCAUUCUUUCGUUUGGGGGUUUAUCUGCUACUGCUGCAACCUUCAGGAGUCUCACCUUGUGCAAUGCCUUGUUCUCCACCGCGCCGAGAUGCUGCAAAAGGCAUGAUCCCUCUUGUUUUAUACAUUUCCAUUCCAAGAAAUGCAAAACACGAUUGCCCUCGUAUAUUUGUAUUAAGGUUUUGUUGUAUCCGACGACUCUGUUUCAUUUGAUUCAAACAAUGAUUAGGCUUGGAAAAUUCGAACGAGCCUACGUCUGUCAGGCUCUGCGCUGAACUGCUAAUUGUGUUGGUAUUAUGAUUGGUUUUUCUUGGGAACGUUGCUUCUA